AUGGAGUUACUGCAGACGUACAGCGUCGGCGAGUGGUUACCUGCGGCGCUCUUCCGCUUUGAUCCGCCAUCCCAUAUAUAUGUUAUAAGACGCGACUGUGCUGGGCCAGCAGGUCUGGUGGCAGCGUUGACGCUCCUCCAAAACGGCAUCCCCGUUCGUAUCAUCGAGAAAGACCCCAACCCUCGCAUCGGACAGCGUGGUCCCGGAAUCUGGCCACGCUCCAUCGAACUCUUCAACUUCCUAAGCGUCCCAGAAGUCAACGAUCUGGCGAAACCCUUCCCUGUAAUCCGUUCCUACAAGCCUGGAACAUUGGAAUGUGCGGCGGAAUUCCCGAUGGUCCCGCAUAUGGAAUCUACUCCUGCGAUACCAUUCCAUGCUGCAAAGCUUAUGGGUCAACAACUCCUAGAUGUGAUUCUGCGACGCCACCUAGAGAAAUUUUCGUGUUCCGUCGAGAUGGGCACCGAACUGCGUUCGAUCGAGCAGUCUGACGAUGGUGUCACGGCUGUUCUAGCAAAGAACGGCAUAUUAGAGACUUUCGAUACUAAGUGGGUGAUCGGUGCUGACGGCGCUAAAGGUGUCGUGCGCAAACAGCUCGGGCUCACAUUCUUGGGCGAGACUAGAGACGAUUUCCGAAUGGUCAUGGGAGACAUUCGUUUAAAGGGCGUUGGUCUUGAUAGAGCGUAUUGGCACCGAUUUGGAAACUUUAAACGAGGCAUCUCACUGCGUCCAACGGACGAAAUUGGCGAGGACGGCUGGCAAUUUAUCAUCCUUGGUAAUGAUCUAGACCUGACAAAGGUCGCUCAGAGCGAGGAGCUGAUCUUCGAGAUCAUCGCAUCGGUGAUACCCACGGAUAUUACAUUCAACAAGCUCGUCUGGGUGAGCGAGUACAGGGCCAAUAUCCGGAUGGUAAACAAGUUGAGCGAGGGCCGAGGAUUCGUUGUGGGUGAUGCUGCUCAUGUCCACAGUCCAACCGGUGGUCAGGGACUCAACUCAAGCGUACAAGAUGCUUUCAAUCUAGGCUGGAAGCUUGCGCUCGUCGAAAAAGGACUCGCCGACAAAUCUCUUCUUGAGACGUAUAAUACCGAGCGUUUGCCUGUCAUCUCCGAGAUGCUUGAGAUGACCACCGCGAUUCUCAACCAGACAUUAGAAACAGACAACGCGCCCGUGACACGAAGCCCCAUUCUUUUCAUGCUCGGUAUCAACUGCCGAUUCAGCAACAUCGUUCUCGACGAGUUUGCGGUUCCAGGGAAGCCUAUCAAUGCAUACGGGGUGGGAGGUGGAGAAUCUGGCGUGAAGACGCUCUUUGGUCUUUACAGACCAUGGUAUCACACUGUGCUUGUGUUCGCUCCGAGUCAUGCAGAUGCUACCCCUGAUCUUGGAGAGAAUCAUGCUUAUUCAGCUUACCUCGUGGAAGCUGGCCAGACGAAGGUGUUUGUGGUACGGCCGGACGGAGUGGUUGGGGCAAUCGUACAUGGUGCAGAAGGCGUAAAGAAGUAUUUCUCGGGAAUAUUUUUGAAUUUAUCAAAUGGUGUAGAGGUCAAGGCGGUACUUAUUGGGGAGCGCGCCUCAAAUCUGGACCAACGCAGUCGAAUGUUCUUCGGUACUUCUCCCCGGGCCGUAGGCACCCCAAUCUGUGGUGUUGAAGGAUGCCAUCGUUCUCAUUCAAUCCCUGAGCUUGAUUUCCGUCGUGUUCCGAGGGAGCAGUCACCAGUUUCUAAUCAACGGAUACACCUGUUUGCUCAAUGUUUGGAAUCGGGCUGCCGAGAUUGGGAGCGUCUUGUGAUGGUAUAUGCUCUGAUGUGGAGCCCCGACCGAGUGUGA